CGCGAGGAAGCUGACCUGGCAGUAUCGCAUGUGCGGGAUGGGAGAGGAGAGGUUGCCGAGAAUUGUAUGGGAGGCGAAGUGGGCAAACAAAAAGAGGGGUAGACAACCCACGGAAUGGGUCAAGGUUGUAGAGGACGUAUGGAAGGGGCUCGACAUCGACGAAGAUGAAACGCUGGAAACGGAGGGUCUACAGGGGUUCAAGGAGAAGAUAUCUGUUGCUUGUGCCGAGAGAGAAGAACAGAAUCUGAGGAAAGAAUCCAAGGAUAAGGAGGGUCUAGAAGUGUACGGAAUGUUGAAGGAAGGAAUAGGGUUCAAGGACUACCUACAUGGACCAAUGGAUGCAGGAGGAACAAAGCUUAAGGUCAAAUUCAGGACCGGGGACAUAGGCCUUCGUCGUCGACGAAGACAUAGGACGGUAGACGACGAAGACGACAACGAGUUCAAAUGUGAUUGCGGCUUCGAAUGCGAAGACCGUGUUCAUGUAGUCGCGGAAUGUCCGUUGUACAAGAAGGAGAGGGAAGUGUACGUGACUGAGCUGGGAAAAAUAGAUGGAACGUACAGGGAGAUGUUUGAGGCAUGGAAUAGAGAGGAAAGGACGGUAGCUGUACUGGGGCAUAGGAGGUGGGUUGAAAAGGCGGGAAGGGAUAUCGUUAGGAUAGACAGACUAGGGAAGACAUUUUUGAGCCACCUUUGGCAAAGUAGGAAGGAACGAUUGGCCAUCGGUGAUCGGUCCUGUGGGAACAAUGCUCCGUCCUCUCGAGGAUGCGUGGUCAAUGGUCUAACCGCUAAGGCAUGCAAAACAUAGGUGUACGCCCCCCCCCACCCGCCAAUUCACUUCGCGAACUCGGC